GUGGGCGGAGCGACUUGCGAUAGUAUCCAAACACAUCAGUGGUUUCUUGACAACAUAUCUGACAUUCUGCGACGUUUCUGACAGAUAUUCUCGUAGGAAGGAAUUUCUGAGCGACACUGGGAGUCGAAAAACAUCAAAAUCCAAAGUACUGUUCAAAGUGGAAUGGUCGCCGGCCAUUCCCAUCGCUCAUGAUCAUAAUCACUUCCCAUAGCUAUAGACUUGCAUGUACUAAAUGCCCCAAAUGUUCGUGCAAAGUGCUCAGUCGUUUAUCGGAAUGCUCUCAUGAGGUCCUCCACACCGUGCGCUAUGCUAUGCACUAUCUGCCAGGAUCGUUGUGCCUUUCUGAAUUCUCUCCGCAUCCAAGGGCUACGACACGCCUUUUUCCUCUAAUCCCAUCCAAUGACACCUUCUGGGAAGAGAACACCGUGGCUAUCUGGCGUAUAUCUACCGUCCUUUCUCAAAGUCAAUAUCUCCUUGUCGCUCCUUGCCCCUAUGACUCUCGCGUUUGGCUUCGAUUGCCGACGGUACCAAAAGGUUGCAGAGUUCAUACCAUGCACGCCUCAGCGUAGGUGCCUGAGGCCCAGGGUGCGGAUUCCGGCCAUGCAUGCAUACAAUCACACAAUUGAUGGUCUAAUCUUCGCAAGUACAGUCGGCGGAAACUAUUAUUAGCUAAUAUGGGUAUAAAGUCAAGAACGGGGAUAUAGUAAGUAGCCACAGCUACGGCCACUGAAAUAAAAAGAGGAGUGCAUC